AUGGAUUCCGACUUGUAUGAUAAUAGUUCUUUGGUUUCUUCUUCGAAUGAAAGUAGUCAGGGUAGUCAAGUUCAACCUUCGUUAGAUCUCGGCGAAACACACAAGAUGCUCUUGGAAUUAUUUCGAGACCCACUGUUGUCUGAUCUGAGAAAAUUGGCUGGUGUUGAUCGAAAAAAUUCUGAGGAAGGUGUAGGUAGUACUAAUAAUGGCGCUUCUGUGAACACAGUGAAGCCAUUAGAACUUUUAGAACGAGUAAGCGUUGAACAGGUGGAUACUUUGAUCGCAUUGGAACAAGGAACAGCGUUUGAGAUACGUGUGGAACGUGGUGGUUUAGACCCCUUGGUACUGGUAGUAAAACAAAAUGCUACGAUAAAGGAUUUAAAGAAUAUGAUAAAAAUGCGCAUAGAACGAGAUGAGGAGGAAAAGAAAGAAAAAAUUGAAGAAAAAGCGCUGAAGAACAAUAACGCCUCUUUAGUUAAGAGGGUAAAUAAUAAUAAUGGCAGUGGUAUAAUUGGAAACACAAAGAGACAACGUAAAAGACGAAACAAAAAGAUUUGCUGGAAAUAUAUUUGGAAAUCUUAUUGUUUAAUGUUUGAAGGUCAUCGCUUGUUAGAUGAUAAUGCUCGUUUACAAGAAUUGAACAUACGAAGUGGAAAUGUGUUAAGGUUUUCGCGAUUAGCCGGCAGGUGA